AAAAUACGUCACUUCCCCUCUGCAAUGGACAUCCGCACGUGUUGAAAAAGCGACUGUUUACAGGACUUUAGGUAGCACUAUAGCAUACGCCAACUAAAAAAACAAAACACAGAUAGUAUACCGACAUCUUCUGUCAAAGUACAUCAAUGCCCAAAGUGAAAAAAUCCAAAGGCGGAGGAGGAGAGACGAGCGGAGGAGCGAUGGCGCUGGCUGACCAGAUCCUGCAGGCGGACACGAUGCGAGACCGAGGCCGGGUGAAGAGCAGGGACAGCCGGGUGGAAAACGAGGACAACUACGUAGACGAGCGUCUGUCUCGGAAGAUCUUACAACAGGCACGAAUUCAGCAAGAGGAGCUUCAAGCCGAAUAUGGCCUGGCACCAGAGAAGAAGAAGGCACCGGUCACUGUUCUCGGGCCUGACACUCAGGAUGCAGAAUCCGAUGAGGAGUGGCCAGCACUGGGAAAGGCAGGUGCUGAUGACACCGAUGUUGCGUGUGACACCGAAGUCGUCGUUGACCCUGACGACGAGAAGGCCAUGGAGAUGUUCAUGAAUAAAAACCCUCCAAUGAGACGGACCUUAGCUGAUAUUAUCAUGGAUAAGAUCACAGAGAAGCAGACUGAGGUGGGGACAGUGAUGUCCGAGGUGUCGGGGCGUCCAAUGCCCCAGCUUGACCCCAGGGUAAUAGAAGUCUACAAAGGUGUCAAUAAGGUUCUGUCUAGGUAUCGCAGCGGUAAGUUGCCAAAGGCUUUUAAAAUCGUCCCAGCACUUUCCAACUGGGAGCAGAUUCUUUAUUUGACGGAGCCUGAGACCUGGACAGCAGCUGCCAUGUACCAAGCAACAAGAAUCUUCUCGUCCAAUCUGAAAGAGCGGAUGGCUCAGAGGUUUUACAAUUUGGUGCUGCUGCCCCGAGUACGGGAUGAUAUUGCAGAGUACAAGAAACUCAACUUUCAUCUCUACAGUGCUCUGAAGAAGGCUCUGUUCAAACCAGGAGCAUGGUUUAAAGGUAUAUUGAUCCCUCUGUGUGAAUCUGGGACAUGUACUCUGAGGGAAGCCAUCAUCAUCGGAAGCAUACUCACAAAGUGCUCAGUCCCUGUGCUCCACUCCAGCGCUGCAAUGCUUAAGUUGGCAGAGAUGGAGUACAACGGCGCCAACAGCAUUUUCCUGCGCCUCUUGCUUGACAAGAAGUACGCCCUGCCUUUCCGUGUCCUAGAUGCCUUGGUGGCCCACUUCCUGUCCUUCCGCAGUGAAAAACGUGUGCUUCCUGUGCUGUGGCAUCAGAGUUUGCUCACCAUGGCUCAGCGCUACAAGGCUGACUUGGCUUCCGAACAGAAGACAGCACUGCUGGAGCUGCUGAAGAUACAAACACACCCUCCGAUCUCUGCAGAGAUUCGAAGAGAAUUGCAAAACUCAGAGUCGAGGGAUCUGGAAAUUGGGCUCCCUGUUACUGUUGAGAUGGACUGAGGACUGGUCUGGCGCUUCCUCCUCCUCCUCUGAUGCAAAUGAUUCAUUUUUUCUUUAGCAUCAUGAAUAUUAAGUUAAAUGUAACUUUGUUAUGCUUUCUGACCCUCAAAAGGACAGUUUCAAAGAUGGCAGUGUCUCACUAAAGGAGACAUAAUUCUGUCCCCUGCUUGGAUAAGUUUGCACAUUUAAAAUCAGUUUUGAUGUAGUUGAUGAAAUGUUGAAAAAACACAUCAGGAAAGGUUGAGCUUUUUCCCUGCAGUUGCAGUACUGUGAUUGCUUGGGAAUACAAAGGUUGGUAUUUGUGUUUGUUUGAUUAUAGAAACUUUGUUGUUUUGAAGCAACAAUUUUUAUUAAAAACAAACUAUUAAAAGUUGGUCAUGGAGAAUU